GGUUCACAGGGGUUAAGGAUUCAGGGAAGCAGGUUCAAGUCCUGCGCUGCCUCUUCACGCCAAAAGCCGGCACAACAAGCAGCCUCGUUGGACGCGCGUUGGUUGAAAUGUGAUCAUCCCGGGGAGAUUGAGAUCCCAGAGGUUUGAGCAGCGGCAGACCCCGGACUCGAUUACCGCGUUGGAACAGGAGAACGUUCCCAUUAAACUCGCUACCCGGCCGGUGGGGCAGAAGAGCCGGGCGGAGAGAGAAGAGGGAGAUAGAUAGAUGCAGGGGUGAGUGAGGACGGAGUUGAGAGCGGAUGGAGGCAGCGUGCGGAGCGCUGGGCCCGGGCAAUGCCUCCGCCAGUGGCUGGGACUCUCUGCUGGACAACACCACGGCCACCUGUAACCGCUCGGCCCACAUCUCCCCCAGAGACGAGGUGGUGGCGCGGCUGGAGGUGACCGUGCUCGCCGUCAUCUUGAUCCUGGCCCUCGGCGGCAACAUCGGCGUCCUGUUGGCCAUCUACUCCAACCGCCACAAGUCCUCCAGAGUCAACUUCUUCGUUAAGCAUCUGAGCAUCGCCGACCUGGUGGUCGCGAUCUUCCAGGUCCUCCCGCAGCUCAUCUGGGACAUCACAUUCAGGUUCUACGCGCCCGACUUUGUGUGCAGGACGGUGAAGUACCUUCAGGUGGUUGGGAUGUUCGCCUCUACUUACCUCCUCAUCGUUAUGUCCAUCGACCGCUGCAUGACCAUCUGCCAACCCUUGAUGUCCCUGCACCAGCGCUCCAACCGAGCCUUCGUGGUCUUCUCCUGGCUCAUCAGCCUUGUCUUCAGCCUCCCCCAGGUCUUCAUCUUCUCCCUCACGGAGGUGGCGCCCGGCACUUACGACUGUUGGGGUCACUUUGUGGAGCCCUGGGGUGCCAAGGUGUACAUCACCUGGAUCACCCUCUCCGUCUAUGUCAUCCCGGUCAUCCUCCUGAUCGUCUGCUACUCCCUGAUCAGCUUCAAGAUCUGGCAGAACGUGAAGCUGAAGACCCGCAGGGAGGCCAAGGCGUCGAGAGGAGGGGUGGUGUUUUCCCGAGUCAGCAGCGUGAGGAUCAUAACCCGCGCCAAGAUCAGGACCGUCAAGAUGACCUUCGUCAUAGUCCUGGCUUAUGUUGUGUGCUGGACGCCGUUCUUCGUCGUGCAGAUGUGGAAAGUCUGGGACCGCCAGGCUCCUCAAGAGAGUAAGUUGAUGUCUUUGGGACUCAGACUGGGCCUUUGUCAUCACGAUGCUCCUGGCAAGCCUCAACAGUUGCUGCAACCCCUGGAUCUACAUGUUCUUCACCGGCCACCUGCUACAAGACCUGGUCCAGCGCUUCCUCUGCUGUUCCAGCCGGCUCAGAAAAACCAAGCAGCCCAGCAGCGAGCUGACCUGCAGCAAGAAGAGCAACUCCUCCACCUUUGCCGUCAGCCUCAAGAGCUCAAGCAGUCAGAAGAGCCUCUCAGUCCAACAGCAGCCAGAGGAACAAUAAACCAGAACGCUCUCAACCAGGUGCUGCGGGACCCUUCCCUGGGACCCUUCCCCUUGUGCUCUUACCUGCUCUGUACGAUGCUGUGCCAGCUAUCAGUUCUAAUUCCUCUCAAAUCCCCCUUAAUGCACUGCUAGAGCUUGGCCUUAAAGCAGCUAGUUCCUUUGGAUAUGCCAUGUUCACUACUAGUGGUUGGCAGCUGAGGAGAGAAAUGGCACGGGGCAGUGGUUUGCGCUCCUAACUCAGCAGGACUAGCCACUGAGGGUGGAGGCGUGGAGGCAAUAAGACAUAAUCUCGCUCCAGGGAGGCCAGAGUCGAUCAUAGGAAGCUGACUUGGCAAGAAAAGAUGCCCCAAGAUCAGUUGCCACUUGUUGGGUAUGGGAAAUGGGCCUGCAGUUUGCAACCACUUGAUAUGCCCGCAUCACUUUGAGAGCUGAGAUGUGACUGAAGUCCUGAUAUCACCGAAGCCUAGCUCUGUCUGCACCUUGCUACCAUCUGAUUGUCUUAUCGUCAGUGGUAUGAAGCGAACAUUGACUG